AUGAUGCUGAUCCUGAUCCUGCUGCCCGUGGCUUUUCUCCUGCCCCCUGGGGCUGGGGCUGGUGAGAUCAUUGGGGGCUGGGAAGCCAAGCCCCAUUCCAGACCCUACAUGGCCUGUCUGCAAAUACAAUGCAAAGAGAAGAUGCAUAUGUGCGGAGGGCUCCUGGUGUCGAAGAACUUCGUGCUGACGGCCGCUCACUGCAAUGGAGAUGAGAUCACUGUCACGCUGGGAGCCCAUAACAUUAGAGAAUGGGAACAGAGCCAACAGAAAAUUUCUGUGCACCACCGGAUCCCCCACCGGCAGUACAACGAGACCAUCUGGAACAAUGACAUCAUGCUGCUGCAGUUAACAGAGAGAGCGAAGCUGAUCAGAUGGGUGGGUACCAUCGCUCUGCCCCGCGCCGGCAAGAGAGUAAAGCCAGGGACUAUGUGCAGCAUUGCUGGCUGGGGCUGCACUAGCACAGAGAGUGAAUCAACCUCGGCCAGGCUCCAGAAGGUGAACGUGGUGGUGAUGCCGGAUGCUGCAUGUUCGAGGAAGCCUAACGGGUAUUAUCGCAGCUAUAACUCCUCCACCAUGAUGUGUGUGGGGGAUCCAAAGACGGGCAAAGACUCUUGGAAGGGCGAUUCUGAAGGCCCCCUGGUGUGUGGGAAAACAGCCCAGGGCGUCGUCUCCUGGGGGCCUCCCACCCCUCCUGGGGUGUACACGAGAGUCUCCACCUUCAUCCCCUGGAUACGGGCGACGAUGAGGAGGCUGCAGCCCUGAGCCAAGCCAGGAAUAGCUGCGGGGGCUGGAGCUGCGUCACUUCUGUCCUUUGGUGAUGCCCAGAUGUAGGGCCUGCUUUGAAGAUUAUCUGAGCCCUCCCCCCCUCUCCAGAAUAUCCCCCCACCACCAUCGCUCCACUCGGGCAGUGCCCAGCCCAUGAAGAUCAAGGCAGUGGGACUAGGGGAGUUAGGAACCACGUUCAAGACCAGCUCCUACCCGGAGUUAGGCUGCUUCUUCUCUAGGGAAACAGCUGGUUUAUUUUCCUGGGGGUAAUGGACACAAGCCAAACCCUGGGGCAGACCCAGCGGUUUGUAGCUCCCUGCCAUGUCAGCCGGUCGAGUGACCAUUUAUUGGGGGAUCUUCAUUGGUACCUGACCUGCUAAAGCCUGUGAAAAGUGCAGCCUGCCCUGGCCUCACAGGACCUAUCCCAUGGGUUAGUUCAUCGGGCUGGCCACCACCCCUUCCAAACACACCUGUUCCCAGCGCCAGUGAGGCCAGUGAGACCGGAACGCAGAGAAGGCUGCACUGAACUGACUGCAUUUCAAUGCCCGGCGCUGAUCCCCGGUGCUGAUCGCCUCCUUCCCACCUUCCCUGCCCCACCCUGCCGCGCGGCCUGUUGCAUUUUGUUCCCUGCUCCG